UCUGUAUGCCUUGGCAAAAAAGAUACAUAAAAUGUGGAAUAAAGUAGAAGAUGCUGCUGUGGCGUCAACAACGUUUAAAACAUCGGAGCCAGCUACUACCGUGAGAGAAGCUACGUUCUUAAGUAAUGUUGAAAGUUCACUUGUUGGAAGACAGAGUUCUUCGCCUAAACAGAAGUCCCAUUCAGGACGAAGUUCUGGUAAAAAAAGCAAAGAUAAAUCAUCCAAAAAAGCCUUAGAAAGUCCGUCUCUAUUGCCACCAAUAGAAGGUAACAAACAGGAUGCCAGAUCUAGACUGAUUGUGUAUCAUCCCAAACCAAUACCACCAGCACAAGUAUUGCCGCUGACCAGAACAAAUGCUGACAAAAGGUAUCCACGUGUGUCAUGUGACUGGAAUGAAACUUUGCCAGAAGACUCGGAGCCGACACUGAGAAUCGUUAACCAGAUGAAUGUUGCCAAGGAAACUAAUAUAUUAGUUUAUAAAAGCAAAGAAAAAAAGAGAAAGAAGUUAUUGACACCGGUGUCCACCAGGGAAGCAUCGAGUAAAACUGGACAAUUGUGA